GAGACUAUGGCUUAGCAUCCUUAUCUAAAAUUUGUGAAAGGCGAAGAGUGGCUCCUAGGCAGGCUCGAUGUGCAUACCCCUGCCGGUUUCCAUGGAGUGAGGCUUUUCUAGCCUCGUCCAGACGUCUAGCUGAUAUUACGCGACGGUCGUAUCGAUCGCUCUGAAUGCUCGGCAGAGCAGACCGAUUUCCAACAUCCAGGUUUCAGGUCUGCCGCCAACUGUUUGAUUUUGGGCUUGGCUUCGAGAGCCGCUCCCAUCCAAACAAACUCCGGACAUAUCAGCAUCUUGUAACCAGCUCUUUCCCACCUGCUUCUUCAAUUUUUGUUCGAAAAAAAAAAAAAUUCUUUCGCGAACGUAAUGAUUUUAUAAUAGCUGAAGAUUUCGCUAGUUUUAAAAAAACAGUAACUCUGAUCCUUAGUGCUGAUGUGUGUGUGAGCUUUCUCUUCUUGAUUGUGUGUAAUUUAACUCCACAUUCAUGAUGUCUAAAACACCGGCUGGUACUCCUGUAAAGAAAAUUCCAAUCCAUCUUCAAGCUUCGCAUAGCAGACUAUUAAUUAAAGGUGGCAAAGUCGUCAAUGACGACUUGAUGUUCACUGCUGAUGUGUAUAUUGAAGAUGGUCUAAUAAAGCAAGUGGGAAAAGACAUUUUUCCACCUGGGGGUUCAAGAAUUAUUGAAGCCAAAGGAAAGCUAAUUAUACCAGGUAAUUUGGCACUUUAUUCCUAACUUUCUUAACACUGUGACUCUAAUGUUUACUUUUAAAGUUUCACAACAGCUUUAAAAUUAGCUUACCUCUUUAAAGCAAAUGUCAUGUGCUCUGAAGGAAUUUGUCUAAACAACUAAAGGUAAAACUUAUAUUUCCUGAAGCUCUAACACUCGUACAGCAACAAAUUAAAUACAGGUUAUCUGAAAAUUCCUUAACUCCACAUACGGGGGGGGGGGAAGGUAGAGAACAUCAGUAUGAAGUGAAAGAGGAAAACUGGAAACAGUAACUGUGCAUAUCACUUGCAGAACUAAAAAUUACUCAUUUAUCUUACUAGGUUAACUCGUUAAAUACCAAGCCUAUUUUUCUUGAUCUAAGGCCUCUCCUUAGGGACCAGUGUGGUGUUCAACAUGUUAAAUAUUUUUCCAGGUACAUGAUUGAUUUUGUAACAUGAUGGAUAAAUGCAUAUGAAUGUUGAUGCUUAUCUUGGAUAUUUUUGUAGUGUAAUAGCUUAUUUUCAGAAGUAGUUAAAUUUCAUCUUUUGUAAAAAUUUUGUUUUGUCACUAGCAUUUCAGUGUAAAUGUUUUCUUGUCAGCUUUAAAAUGGAAUAAUACUUGUUUAUUAAUUGUAAUAAAAAUAUAAAUAUGCAAGAGAAUUUUUUUAUCAGCUGCAGUUGUAUGGUCAUGCUAAUCCAAUAAUUUUCUCUUGGUUGUUAACUGAUCUAGCUUCUAUCAAUAAAUUAUGGUCAUUUAUAUUUUUUUAAUAUUAAGCUUUUUUCCUCAAAUAUUUUAAUUGACACAAAAUUUUGUUUACCAUCUCUGCUCUGAAUAACUAUUGUUAAGUUUUAAUGUAAAAAAAAAAAAAAAAAAAAAAAAAAAAAAAAA